UAUGGAUUUUAUCCCAGAAAGAUUAGAAUUUUAUCUAAAAAAGUAUUAUUUAAAUCAUUACCCUUACAAUUUAAUGUUAAAAUGGCUGUCUUAUGGAAAAGCAAAUCUACUUCCAAACAGAGAAUUUGCAUUUAUUUUAAAAGAUGAUAUUCACAUCAGAUUCCUUUCGUUUCGAACUUUGGACGAAUUUAAAGAAAAAAUUUUGAGAACAAAUCCUUUUAAAAUUGAUAUUGGGGCAGUUUAUAAUCGACCGCCUUUAGAUAGAAAAAAAUUUGCCGAUUUUUAUGCAAUUGAAAGAGAAUUAGUUUUUGAUAUUGACUUGACAGAUUAUGAUUUAAUUAGGAAUUGUUGCAAAGAAGCUAAAGUAUGCAAUAAAUGUUGGCGUUGGAUUAUUAUUGCUGUUAAAGUGCUGAAUUUAUUGUUAAAAACUCAAUUUGGAUUUAAACAUUUAUUGUGGGUAUUUUCUGGUAGAAGGGGUAUACAUUGUUGGGUUGCUGAUCAAAAAGCGCGUUCUUUAAAUAAUAAAGCUAGAGAGGCUGUAGCAAAAUAUCUUAUUAUUCAGGGAAAAGAAAAUUCAGCAAAAACCAAAUAUAGAGUCCAUCCUAUGGCAGAAAUAGCUUUUCGUUGUAUUCUGGACUCUGGAGAAUUUGAAAAUUUAAUUUUUGAACAAGGCUGGCUCGAUACACAAGAAGAAUGGACCAAAAUUUUAAAUUUGUGUCCGGACGUUGAAAUGAGAGAAAUUAUGGAUAAAGAAUUUAGGAGAGUAAAUACACCUCAAGAUCGUUGGGAAUUAAUUACAAUGAGAUUUGAUCAAGAAAAACGAGCAAAAAUAAAAGAGGAAAAUGCGGGGACUAAAUUGCCUAAUAUACCAAACGAAUUAUCUAUCAAUUUUUUACGUUUUUUUGUUUUGGAAUAUGCUUAUCCUAAACUUGACGAAAAAGUUACUGUUGGAAUUAAUCAUUUAUUAAAAGCCCCAUUUACUGUCCACCCAAAAACUGGUUUUAUUGCUGUUCCUUUAAAUAUUGAGGAUAUUAACAAUUUUAAUUUAAAUGAACUACCGAGGGUUGAUAAAUUGGAAGAAAUUGGUGGUGAAAGUUCCUCUUCAGGUAAAUUUUUUAAUUAUAGAAAUUGGGGACAGGGAAGGGACGUGGGGUUACCCGAACUCUUUUUUCGACUAGAAACUCGACCCGAAUUUUUCCCGCCCCCGGUCUCAUAG